AUGCUCCGUUUGCUCGGCAGAGUCAUGUCAUUCCCGCCUAUGCCGCCGCCGCCGCCACCACCACCACCGCCCCCCCGGACUUCGGGGGGCCCCGCCGCGCGCCAGCUAUGCCGGAGACCCUGUGCGCCUCCCGCGCCUUCGCCGCCCGCCGCCGUCGCCACCGCCACCGCCACCGCCGGCGGCGACAAGAAGAGGAGGCCGCCCGAGAUGCUGCUCUCCAGCUCCUGGCCCUCCGCCACCCUGAAGAGGCCCCCGGUCCGGCGCGGCCCCGGCCUGGGUCCCGGCACCCCGCAGCCGCCUAUCUCCGCACGCGUCCCGCCCCAGCCCUCUCCGGGCCGUGUGGGGACCUCGACCACGUGCUCCGCGCCCCGGCGGGUCGCCUGCAGCCACCUCCCAGCGGCAUCCACCGCCUCGGGGACCUCUGCGGGGGCGGGGGCUGAGCCCGACGACGCCACGCGCUUCUCCUUGAGCCUCACCCCGGAAGCCAUCCUGGUCAUCCAGAGGCGCCACCUGGAAAAGCAGUUGCUGGCGCGACCCCGCAGGCCCUUCCCCGCACCCUCGGCCGACCCGCGGCGCCCACUGGUACCCUGUCCCCGGACCAGGUCUUCGACCCUGCGGAGGGGCGGUGCCACCAAUGUCCCCGACGCGCCUCUGGCUGUGGCUGUCAGCAGCCGCCCUCCCCGUGCCUCGCUGCUGCCAGGAGGUCUGCAGGCCACUCUGCCCAGCCCGCGCCCCUCCAGCCUGCGCCCAGUGCUUAAGGUGUCUCUGCUCAAUGAGAAGCACAAAUACGACGAUGAGGAGUAUGAGGAGGAGGUGGAGGUGGUGGACGAGGGCCUCGUGCGCAAGUGCACCGAGUGGCUGCGUGGGGUGGAGUCGGCGGCAGCCGCGCGGGGCCGCACAGGGCAUCUGGACUCGCUGCCGCACCUGAGCACACUGUGAGGCUAGGUGGGCCUGUGGGACCCAGCCUGACUCGAGGCCCACGGCUGCCUCCUGCGCUCCUUGCACGCCUGGGCCUGAGAUCCAGGUAGGCCAGCAAGGGAUAGGACUAUUGCCUGGGACUUUCCCCAGGUGUGUUUACUCAUGAGCGACCCACAGCCUUUUCUAACACCCACCACCCACCUCCUGUGCAAUUAGGUCAGCGUGGGACACAGCGGACUCACCUGACUCCAGCAGCUGUCCCCUGCACCCCCUAACCCCUGUGGGGAGGAAGGACUUGUGAAAUGCCUUCUAACCUCCCACCCCAACUAAGGAUCGGGCCCAGAGGUCCUCUGGCCCCAGGGGGCAUUCCACUUCCUGGGGACUCUGCAAGCCUGUGACCACCGAGGGUGGGGUGGUCUUCGGUUGCAGAGCUAGGACAUGGUGCUAUGUAUAUGAUUUGAUUCCUUGCAAGUCAGAAAGAUGUUGGGUACUGGAAACUGGUUGACUAAACUUGUAAUCCAGCAGCCCUGAAACAAUGGGCACUGGGUGAUCUUGGGGGGGCUUGUGUUUCUUCUGACAGUGCGCGCAAGUACGCACGCACACACAUACACACACAAACACACACACACACAACUCCUGUCAGUGCACAGGCACACCCAUGCCACUAGCAGAGUCCUGUGUGCACGCAUGCGUACAUACACAGCCACCCACAUAUGCCCACGGUAACACAUACAUCGACUCUCACAUACAUGUGGAUACAUGGCCAUGCGGCACGGUGGGUAGUCACGGCCACAUGCACAGGUGUCUCCAAGGGCACAGCUAGAAUUGUUUUCAAGAGCUGGAUCAAGGUGGGGACAGGAGUCAGGGUCGUGGUCUGCUAAGGAUGCAGUUUUUAGUUGAAGGCACAGCAGUGUCUCUCCCUCACUAGCUAGGGAAGGAGCUUAUCGGCACAGAGAAGGAAGUCGGUGGGUGAACAAGCAAGACAGGGCAAGUCUGCCCACGGGAGCAGUUUGAGGCGGAAGCAGCUGUGGGCCAGGGCAGGUGUCUCUCAUCACUGUGAAGACCAGUGACGAAGGGGUUCAGUAAGCUGUAAAUAGUGACUUUUUAGAUUCUAUUUAAUUUAUUAUUUGAAUGAAGGGUAAAACUCCUGUCUUUUAGUAGCUGAGCCCUUCCCAUUAACUGGAGGAUGAUUCUUUUGUAUUUCUUCUGUGCCUGAGUGGAUUUAACCCCAAGGAUGAGAAGGAAGUAUUUGUUCUAAUCAGAUAAGGUUGCUUGUAGAAACAUAAUGCAUUACCUCAAUUUUUUUUUUUACUUAUGCAAGUCAAUAACCAGUUUAAUGUUUGUCUUGUUAGACUUUAAUGUGUCAAUUCUAGAUUGUAUUUUAAAUCAAAGCCUUACAUUUUUAAAAAAACCAAUUAUAUUUUUUCUUUGUAGAGAUCUUCGUGCCCUCCCCUCCCCCCCAGUCUCUCUGUCUGUCUCCAUCUCUCCUCUCUUUCCUUCUUGGCACAAGCUUUGCCGACCAAGAGGCCUUAGAGGGGGAGCUACAUCAGACACCAGAUGAGUUGUUUUGUUUUGUUUUGUUUUGUUUAAAAAAAAAAAAGGCUACUUAGUGAUUUUUAAACGGCUAAUGCCAAAGAGGCAAAA